AAAAAACUAGAAAGUUCUCGAGUACACGACCGACUGGUGACUGCACUGUAUACUACAUAAACAGUGUAAUAGGGACAUUAUUGUUUUAUAUUAUUUUAUAAAUUUACAAAAUUCUUCGUGAUUCUUGCAAAGCUUAGUUGUGCUGUGUCAUUUUGUUAAAAUCACAUAAUACUAUUAUAUCAGUAUAUUUUACUUUUCAAUAAUAUAUAUUAUAUAUAUUAUUAAAUUGAGUGGUUAGGAUUUGUAACUGUUCUUGUGUUGGAUAGUGAUAAAUAAUCAUACUAUAUUUUUAUAUUGACCAUUUACCUUACGAAUCAUAUUCAAGUUGAACAUUUUAAAGUUUAUUCAUUAAAACAUAUAACAACAAAGGAUUGAAAAUGUUUCCUUUUGGAUUUCAAGGAGAUCUUUUAGGACAUGAUGCAGACCAGCUGAUUGGAUCGCCUGACAGUCCCCGCAGGUAUGUGUAUGCAGUUAUAGAAGUGUUAUUGAAAUUGAACUACUAAGCAAUAUUAUGUAUGAAAACUGUUCUUAUUACCUGUGUAUCAUUUUGUAUACCAGAAUAUAUUUAUAUAAUUAUUUUAAAUGCAGGUAUUUUAAUUUUAUAACUUGUUAUUUAUUAUACAGGAACUUAACGGUGAUAUUGUAUUUAUUUAUUUUUAUGGCUUAUAAACAAUAAUGGCUAUAAAUUAUAGUAUAGUGUUAAUGAAGUAAUGAAAAUAAACUAUAGAAACAUAAUAUCUUCCCACAUUAUAGCAUAUUCUGAUAAACAAUAUUUUACACCUUUAGUCCUUACCUUCAAUAUAAUAAUUAGUGGUGAGUUUUUUUCCCAAUUUUAUUUAUUCUGAUACAAAAUUGAUAUAUUCAAAAAUCAUAAAUUGAUGUUGAAAUAAAGCAAUAUGUCCAAUGAAGCUCUAAUUUUUAAAAAUUUUUUUUUUCAUAUUCCAGAUAUGGAUAUUUUUUUGAAAUUAUCGGGUGGAAUUGUACGUUCAGUCUCACCAUACUACUGUAAAACUCUACUUAAAGCCUAAUGGGAAUUUCUUUGUUAUAUGAAAUACUAAACACCUGUCACUUUUCUCCCUUUUAUCUCACCAUGUGUAAUCCUACGUUUUACUUGCUCAAGAAAGCCACCAUUCUGUUUUAAAAAAGAUCUUAGGUCUUUAACUAUAACUUUAACAACUAUAACUGCUUAUUAUUGUUAGCUAUCUUGUCCUUUUGUUCUCUUAACUCAUACUUUGUUUUAAUUCUACUUAUCUUUAGUCAUUUUCCUAAGUACUAAUAUCCGUUCUUCAAAUCUAUUGUUAACUUAUUUCAGAUUUUAGAUUUUUUAUAUUCUGAGCGGAGCAAGGAAUGUAUUGGUUUUAUAAUGAUGUUUAUUUUUAUUAUUUUUAUCUGGAAACAACUUUUCUACCAUUCAUUUUCUGAAAGAAUCUAACUGGGCUGGUAUAAUAAACGUGGAAAAAAACCAGCAAAUAUGCGAAAUUAAUUAUGUUUUUAACUUUAAUUUUUUGUUUUGUUGUGAUUGAUUUAAAAAUAUUGUCCACAGAAAAAUAACAAAAAAAAUUUUGCAUCAAUUGCACAAUUUUUGCAUCAAUAAUAGUAAUACCUAAAAUUUGUAAUUAUUUAUUAUAUAUUUUUUGAAAUAAUAUAUCUGAAAACCUAACAAUAAACUUUCAAAAUAAUAAAACUAAAAUCAUAUGCUUUUUACCAUACAAGAUUUUAAAAUAUAACGACACAUUACACACGACAAGAAUAACAAACAAGUACAUAAAAUUAUAUCACUAAGACAUACGUGACUAUGAGCCAUGAGUUAGAGCUCUGUUUCAUACAUUGUGGCAAAUAUAUUAAUGUUUUAAAAAAAAUUUUUCCGAAAAACAAUGUCAACAAAUCUUUUCUACAGUAAAAUUGAUUUGUCAAUAAUAAAUACACAUUAUAUGUAAUUUAUAUGCAUUUAUGAACUAAUAUGCAAUAAUCCUCCGAAUAUGCAAAAUAUGCAAAGUUAAAUUUGAUGUUUGAAUUCGGUGUGAUAUGAAUCGUAGACAUUUCAAACCCCCAUUGAUGUGCCUACAUACACUAUGUACAAACAUGCAAAUGCAUAUAAUUCCGGACUCUGGUAAUAAGCUUCAUCACUCCACUCAGAUUGCAAAAUAUAAUUGUAAACAAUGAAAAAUAAUUUUACUUAUAUGUCAAUUAUUUGUAUGUAUAUUUUUGCGCAUAUUUCUGAUUUUUUUUGAGGCAUAUUUUGCUAAUUAUAUCUUCUCAUCAACUUUAAUUAAACUGAAUAAUUGAUAAAUAAUAAUAACUAAUUAUGCUCAUAAUUUAUUGCCAGUCCUUAUAAAUUAUAGGAUUUAAAAUUUAAAAUUAAAAUAAUUUUCUGAAAGGUAUUUAAGAAAGCUUUAUAGAUAAUACAGAGAAAGUAUUUAAAUACUCUACAAUAAUGGUUAUUACUUAUUAUUCAGUUAUUAGAUAUCAUUAAAUACUUAGGUUUUUUGAAAUCAUAAAAUAGUUCAUUUAUGAAUAUUUUACUAGAGUACUAUGUAUUGUAAACUAUACUCAAAUUUAAAUAAUAGUGCACCAGCAACUGAGAAAAGCUAUUCAAAACUUGUGACUGAAAAUCUGCUCUACGUGGUUUCUUUAGUCAGUUGGUGUAACAGUAGUCGCAUUACUGCAUUUGAAUAAGUAUUGCAGUGCACUCUUAUUUGAAAAAUUUAAAUAGAGUAUAAAAUUAUUUUAUCAAUUAAUAAUAUAAUUUAUAUUACAUACAAUUCAGACACUUUGUACCUCCAUUGGAACAAAUGAUGAGUUCAUUCUUGGGAGGAUUUCCUGAUCCGAUGGCAAAUAUGAUGAUGCCAUUUGGUGGUGGUAAUAUAUUUGGAAAUUAUGGUUCAAUGAUCAACAAUUCAAUGAAUCAACAAAAUCAUAUCACUAGUAGUAUGCUAACCAGAGGCCUUAAUCAACCGGCUCAAUCAUUUAGUAGUUCUACAUUUAUGUCAUAUUCAUCAAAUGGACCAAAUGGUCAACCUCAAGUACAUAUUUAAAUUUAAAUAAUAAAUUGUUGUAUAGGUUAUUUUUUAUAGUCGUAUUUUAUACAAUAGGUCUACAAAGCAUCAUCAUCCACACGUACAGGUCCUGGAGGAAUAAAAGAAACAAAAAAAAGUGUAAGUGAUUCGGUUACAGGAGUCAAGAAGUUGGCUAUUGGACAUCAUAUUGGGGAUCGUGCUCACAUUGUUGAACGCCAAAAAAAUGUAUAUUCAGGUGACCAAGAAGAAAAUCAAGAAUAUAUUAACUUGGAAGAUGGUUUGUAUAAUUAAAAUAAAUCUAAUUUAAGUCUUAUGAAUUUUAAGUUUCUAUAGUAAUUUUAUUAACUUCUAUUAUGUAUAUUAAAAUAUAAAUAUUGAAUUAAAUAAGUAUUUAAUGAAUUUUGAUUUAUUUUAGAUGAAGCUGAGGAAUUUAACAAUGAAUGGCGUAAUAAAGCACAAAAUUUAAACUCGCACCGUAAUCGUUAUUUACCCUACACACAUAAGUAAAUAUAUUUUUUAAUAAUAUAACAUAAUUUUUUCAUAAUAGAAUUCAUAAAUUAAAUUUUAUGUUCGCAUAUUAGUAUUAUAUUUAUGCCAAUCUAGUAAAAUAAUAAUUGGUAGUUCCUGACCAGACAAAUAAUGUGAUAUACACAAUAUACAUAUUCAAAAAGUACAUUGAAAACUGAAAUCUGCUUAAAGUUCCCAAAUAAAUUAAUUGUCUAAGGUAGAAAAAGUAAUAACUAUUGAUAAUUAACAUUAAUUUGUAUUUUAGUACUUUUAAAAACAUUAAUAAAAUAAAUUGAAAAUUAUUAUUAAAAAACCUCAAUAAUUUUUUUUUUAUUAUUAUUAAAAAUGUUUUAUCUUUUUAUCAACAUAGUAAAAAUAUAUUUUAUUUUUAUCUAUAUUAUACAAGGCAUUCAAAAUUAUAUACCCCUUUAAAAUAAUAUAUUCUUUUACAGUGAACAAUUCUAAUAAUAUGUUAGAUUUCACUCUUAAGUCUUUAAUGUUAUAGAAUACUUAAUAGAACUGUUUUGAUCAACAUUGUUUGUAAGUUAUAACCCACAAUGUGUUUUUAUUCAAUUUAUUUACAAAUUUAAUAUGAGCCAAACAUUCAUACCAUUAGCAAAGAAAACAAUUUUCAAGCUUUUACAUUUCUACAUAAUAAUACAAUAGUUUUGCUGAACUUUUGGCCAAAGUUUUAAAUCUUAUUUUAUUAGCUGUAACAUUCAUUUUUUCAUAAUUGUUUAGUUUUAAUUAAUUACUGUCUAUUAUUCAUUUGAAAUUACUCUUACAUAAUAGGUUUAAAUAUUAAAAUAUAACUUUGAAUAACCUAAAAUUGUAUUAUUUUAUUUUACCUUUCAAUCAUGUUGUAUUAUUCAAUAGUAAUUUUGCUUUUUGAAAUAGUUUUUCUUUAAUAUAUGUAGAUUAUUAUGUAAACACUUAACUUAAUGUAAUAUUAGUACACAUUUUUUUUGAUUACUUUUGUUUUUAUUUUUGUUUUAUUAUUUUUGUUUUAUUAUUUUCAUGUUUUAUUAGAGUUCAAAGUUCUCCAAUAUCUAAUAAAAAACACCUCAAGGCUUUACCUUCUUCAACAUCACAUAACCGGUAUGUUUAAUAAUUUUUAUUAUUUUGACAAUUUGUAAGAAAAUUAUUUUUAAGUUUUUCUGAAAUUGUUCGUAUAAAUUUAAUUUUAUCUUGUGUUUUUUUUUUUUUUUUUAAUUUGUGUUGCUAUUUGACACCUCCAGUUAUUUUAAUUCAUGUGAAUAAUAUUUAUUUAAUUUAUAUUUUAUUAUUGAGAUUUACAAUUUUUAAAUUGUUAUAUUAUUUACUUAUUUAUAUAUUAUUCAAGAUUACUAUAUUUUUAACUGAAUAUCAUCAAAAAAAAACAAAACAAAAAACCAUAUUUUUGUCAUAUACUUCCUUGCAAGAUUUCUCUUAGACAAUUUGACUGUAGAAACAAAAAAAAAAAAAAAUGUUUAACCUGAAAAUGAAAAGCGGGUAGUAGGUUCACUCCUAUAAAAUAUAAUGAUAAUGUAACAUUUAAGAGUUGCUUGUUUCUUAAAUUGUAAAAAAAAAAAAUUACAUACAAGUUUAUUCUUUUCAAGAUGUCUCACUAAUCAUAUUUUUUUGCGAGACUGUAUAACUUUUAGAUUGAGACAUUAGUGAGGAAUGUAUUAGGUUGAAAAUGUUUAAUUUUUAUAUAUAUAUACAAGGUGUCAAAUAAUCCAGUACACUUUGUAUGUAUAUAGAGUAUUGAACAACUUUCCUACUAAAAAUCGUGUUCUGUUGUAUCAAUUGUAGCAUCUUUUCUGAAACGAAAUUUUUAUUUACUUAGUACUUUAGGGAGAUCAUUUUUUGGUUUUCCAAAUAAUUUUUAUAAUUAUUGUAAAAAACUAGAAAAUGUAUGAAAGUAAUGCUUUUAUAGUUUUCAAUUUUGCUUUUUGUUGGAAUCCUGUUAAAAGUAUUAUAGACUUGAAAUUUGGAAAGUAAAAACUCACAUUUUUCUUAAAAAUGGUAAAAUUUUCAAAACAUCUGUGCCAUUAUUGAGCUAUUUAUAGACAUUUAUAUACUGCCAGUGUUAAGUAAUUUUAAUUCGGUAGGUACUAUAUGGAUUGAAAUGUUUAGACUUAAAAGAAAUUCAUACAAAUUUAACAAGAGCUACAUUAUAAAUCAUAUUUCGUGGUAAAAAAAAAAAAAAAAGUAGCUUUGUUGUAUUUUAUUUUAUAAGAAUUUUAAUAUCAAAUUUGAAAAUUGUAUGGACUUUCAAAACAUGUAACCAAUCUUCACUCCAAAUCGUAUUUUGUUAGCAAUGGUUUAUCAUUGCAUACAGCUAUAAAUGAAACUAACUUCCAUUUCCUACCUUUCAACUUCUCACCUACAACAGUGUCCACCUCUCGUGCAAAGUAUAUUUGUUUAUUUUUAAUUUUUAACCAAUAAUUAAUAGUAUCAAUUUAAAAAUGUUUGGUAGACAACAUCUCUUAUCCUCAAUGUAUACACUGUAUACAAAUGUUAAUCAAAUUUUCCCUAAUAGAAAUACUACUUAUUAUACAAUCCUAUGAUUUUUUGCAUAUUUCUUUUUUAUUCUUUCAAGUAUAUAUAUAAUUAUAUCAUAUAUUUUGUUAAGCUAGUUCACAUAAAAAAAAAAAAAAUUACCUACAGUUGUAUUUGACAUGCUCUAUUUAUUUCAUCUAUCAAUGUUUGUCUUGUUUAAUAUUUUUUGAAUCAAUUUUAUUAUAUCAACCUGCUGGUUUUAUAUAAUUUUUGUUUGUAUAAUCUAAUUUUCAGUUAAAUAUUUUACAAAAAAAUUAUGCUUUUAAAUGUUGAAUAUAACAAAAUAGUUUUCAUUUUUACAUUUAAAUGUAGUAUAGGGUGGAGGUGAUUUAUAUUUUAAUUUUAAUUGCAUAUAGUGUAGUUUUAUAAUUUGAUAAACCAUGGUUAAAAAUAUUAUGGUUAAUAUUCUAUUCAUCUACAAUUAAUUGUUUGGGGGAUAUCAAUUUUUAUAAAAACAUAGAUAGCGUAUAAUUGUCAUAGAAUAGAAAACUUUCAUAAUUAUGGUCUUAAGACUUUGAAAUUCAAACUAAUAUCUAAAACUAGUAACUUGUCAUGAAUUUAUGGUUGUUUUGAAUUUUUUCAAUAAACUUAAAAGAUUAAAUUUUAAAUUAAUAGAAAAUAAAUAUUAAGAUCGUCAUAAUUAUUGCGGCUCACAAUUAUUAGUAUGGUCAAAUUUUACAAAACUAAAUUUUCAUUUUUUCCAUCCACAAGAAAAUUAUUUAAAUUAACAGUCUGUAAAGUUAUAAAACUAUCAGUUUAUUCAUUAUUCAAUGAUUUGGAUCAAAAUCAUAUAAGUAUUUUGAUUUAUUGACAUAUUUAAAACUAUUUUUAUUUUUUAUUUUUAAUAAAAAACAUUUGUUAAACAAGUGGGUAGCAUAUUAAAUAAAAUACUUACAUAUUUAUAUUUUAGUUGUUUAUUACUAGAUACUUAUGUAUACUUGGCUAUGCACUUAUUUUUAAUCAAUAUCUACAAAUAAUAAUCAAUUUAGUUUUUUUUUUUUUUUUUAAAUAAUUAUCCAGUUGUAGUUUUUGUUAGUAAUUAUAUAUUGUUGCCUAAAAUUAUGAAUAUUACUUAUUUUGUUAAAUUUUUUAAUUCUUAUAAAUGAUUCAUAUUUGUAUAUUUCUUUUUUUCAGCGAGGCUUUGGCUAUUGAAGGUGCUCAGCCUGAGCAAGGAAGGAAACGUGCAACCAAGCAACGCACACCCAAAAAGAUACAACAAAAUCCUGUAAACGAUGCUUAAACAUUAAUAUUCUCCCAUUUAUAAUAUGCAUUCAUUAAAUGCACAAUUUUUAACUUAAUUAUGUUGUAUUAAGGAAAGUAUGACAUUAAAUAGCUAAUGCGUAACAAUGUAUAAUUAAUUAUACUUGAAACGUACAGAUCACUUUUUCUUAUUUUUUUUAAAAAUUAAAACGUAGCAUUAAUGAAAGUAAUCAUUUAUUUAUAUGUAUUGACUCGCGUGUUUUUUAUAAUUUUGCUGUGUUGAUAUUUCAACUACAUUAAUUAGUGUACGAGUAGUGGUUCUGGUACUUUACUGACGCUCGUUUUCUUUUAUUAUGUAUACUAUAAUCGUUAAGCGUUCUAGUGUUUAAGGAAGGAAAGGAUUUUUAUCCAUUUAUUAUAUUUUUUUCCAAUCCUAUUUAAUAUAUAUAAAUAAUGAAUUCACUUUUCUUCUGCUGGUAUUUCAUAGUUUUUAGUUAUUUUUGAAUAUAAUAAUACUUAAUUAUUCAAAUAAUAAUUUGUUUUACAUAAAAUGAUUCAUUUCACAUCAAAAUUAUUUCCUUUAUUUCCUUGUUUGUGCAUAACAAAAUAAUUAUAAAUAUAUGUCUAAAAAAUAAAAAUUGUCCAUAAACUAUUUAUUAAAAAAAAGGAUUACAAUUAAAAACUUUUUAAUGGCUAAUAAUUUUAGAAAAUAAUUAUGAGUAAAAUACACUAACAAAAAAAAAACAAAACCAAAAUAAUAAUUUAACUAUCCAGAUAAGUUGUAAUUGUUAACACCUUCAUUGUUAUUAUUUUCAUCAACUCCGAGUUUAUAAAUAUCGUCGUUAAUUUUGCACAUUUGUUCAAGAAAUUCUUUGUCUUCUAAUAUUUCUGCAAGUACUGAUAGUAUAGUAUAAAAUUGGAUCUUUGUCAUCUUGAGAUGUUUGCUGCAUAUAUCUAAUACUUUGUCGACAUCAAUAUCAAUAUCUAUUUUCUACAAACAAAUAAAAUAAUAGUUAAAAUACAUAUAAAAAAAAAUGAUAAUUUAAUAUUUAUUAAAUAGUAGUUAUGUUUUUACAUUUUUUGUAAUGAAUUGGGCAGAUGGAACUUUAAUUCGGUGUUUAAUUGUUGGAUCUUGAUCAUCAUCACAAAACAAUGUGAAUGUUGAUUGAAAUGCCGCUUUAAAAUAGACACCAGCCAAUAAAUGUCCUUUCCUAUCAGUGGCCAGUAAGCUUCUAAAGUUAUAAACUAAAUUUCGACGUUCAGUUACACACACUGGUGAAUGAUAUGAUGCACCUAUGUACACUAAGUUGGUUUCUGGUUUGGAAGAUCCAUUCCAUACAGACCAUUGUACAUAUUUCUCGCCGACCAUGGUUUGAUAACAAUAUUCCUUUUUCGGACAAGAUGAUGGUACAAAACGACCUAGAUAAUAUUGAUUAUUAUAAAUUUUAUUUAAAAAAUGAAUAAGAAUGCAAUUUCAAAAAUAUUGUUUACCAGUAUGAGGAUACUGCUGAUCGAUCAUUACUGUUAUAACUCUACCGAUUUGGUAGCCAGGAUCUAAUAAUACCACACCUUUACGCCCUUCGAUUUCAAUUUGCAUAGCGACCAUAACAUGUUCUUUGUCGCUUACCCAUGGGUCUGGAUAACCAUUACUCAUGUAUUCUUCAUGACUCUAAAAAUUAUUUAAAUUGUUUUUAGAAAAAAAUCAUGUUGAAUUUAUAACACAAAACUUACUUCUAUAGAUUCCUCACAAGAAACCAGAUAAAGGCUGUUCUCAAUGCCAGGGAAUCUAUCAUUUAACAAAGCUAAUUUUCCAAUUAACAAUAAACCAAGGCCAACACAAGUAUUUGCAUUUUUAGUCAAUGGUGGUUCAUAUUCCCUAAAGAAGCUCUCCAGUGUUUCACAUUUUCCAAUUUUGAAUUCAUUAUAAAAUCUAAAAAAUAAUUUAUUAGAUAAUUUAUGAAUUGUAUUUGAUUUUAUAUAUUUUACUUGAUGAAAUUUGUAACUGAAUCAUAAUUGUGUAUUUGAAGUAGAGUCUGUACUUCAUUUUCAAAUUGUUUGGUCAGCUCAUCAAAUUCCCCAAUUGAGCCAACCAAAAGGGAUGGCCUUGAGCUACCCCAUUUCGGCAAGGGCACUGGCUGACCAAUUGGCCAGUCUGAUUUCUGGCCAUAACUCAGCCAAAACGCGUAGUCAUUAUUGUUGUGGUUGUUGGGAGUGGGUAGGAUUUCGAGUCAACUCGGCCAUUCAUUUCCCCAUCUGCCAACGGUUGGUAUGUAGCUGGAUUCAUCCCUGUAGCAGCUGUCUGCAGCAGCUCCAACAGGCCCUUCUACUUCUAAAGAUUUUUUCUCACGCUCUUUAAAUAAAUAAAAAAUAAAUAUUAAAACAAAUAGUCCUAAUCUGAUUAACUAUACAAUUAAAAAUAAAUUUGAUGAAAUUAAUUUUAAUUUUUGUGUGUUAUUUAAACAAAUGAAAACAAAUUAUUCAUAAACAUUGUUUUUUAAAUCUAAUUAACAUUAUUUAAAGAGUAAUUUUCUAAAAAGAAAAUUACAUAUGAAAUUAUAAAAUGGUUAAAUUCACAUUUAUACACUUGUUGUAUAUUUUACCUAGGUAUAAUGUAAUUGAAAUUAAGUUUUAAAAAAUAUUCAUUUUUUUCAUAACAAUUGCCUAGUAUCUAUUGUAAUAUAUUUAACAUUGGUUAUCGGAAAAUUUAUAAUUAUGACUGAGCACCUAUAUAUAUAAAAAAAAAAAAUAAAUAUUAAACUCCGAUGAGUGAAUGAAUCUCCAUUGAAUAGGUAUAUCAAUUUAUAUAAAUUUAUAUGAAUAAACAAUUUAUUAGGUCAGUACACAUAAAUUUACAAAAUUGAUUUAAGAAAAAUCAGAUUCCUAUAUUAAGACUGAUCUAUAUGGAUAAAUACUCGUAAUUGUUAUAUAUCUUGGUUACAUAAUAUUACUGAUGCGUGUAUACUGAACUCACGACAUACGAGUAAUAAUGAUAUAAACGAUGAUAAAAUACAUUGUAGAAAUGCAGAACAAUUCUCAGCGAUGGAAAUAUAUUAAAAAUUAUGAUUAAUGAAUGGCCUACACAUCAUUAAUACGAUUAAAAAUACGAUAUUUCAACUGCAACCGCACAAUAUUAUCUAUAAAUAAUACUAGGCCAACUAAGGUAUUUAUAAUUUACUUUUCCAUUCCCUGGUGAGCGGACCGUGACACAAUUGUCAGUGGGAAUAUAAAAGGUGCCGUACAAAACUGGUUCAUAAUUAAGUCGAAUAGGUGGGCAACUAUACCAAUUAGACCGUACCGAAUAGAUGCACAAUAGAAAUUUAAUUUGUACCAAUUUGGAACAACAAUGGAUGUGCAAGUGUUACGAUGCGGAGUACGCAAUAAGCGCUUGUAAUACAAAUUAAACGCAGAGAAAAUUGCGGGACGUUGUCCACGCACGAAACUACGUGACGAAAACGACAACAGCAUUUCACUGCACGGACAAUUAACCGAAUAUCGACGGGGAACUGGUGUCGUCAUCACCAACGAACGGACGGCGUUUACACACCAAUCUACAUGGUGCAAAGAUAAUAAUUAUGAUAUUUGCACGUAUCGUAGACAGACUUACCCAUACAAUGAAAACACAAAACUGGAAGAAUACCUCUGCACUCGUGGACGUGUACAAGUCGAUACUGCCAACGGACACUGGUGGCUCGUACGGAACGAGCAGAAAUAUAUAUACGGUAACACGAGCGCGCCCGCGACGAGUCAGGGAAGGGGAGGGGGGACAAACGAUUCGGCCCGGACCGGUUGCGUUUUCCCCACUCGAACGGUGAAUUAUUAAAUAACGGCGCGGCGGACCAAAAAAAAAAAAGUUACGAUUUACGAACGCGUCGUAGUAGAAAAACGAUUAAUUGGCAAUUGCGCACUUCGGUAUCAACGCACCGACGGCGGUAAUUAUUUUCCGCGAUACACUCGGGCGGGGAAAAAAAAAAAAAAAUUAUACGAUUAUUAUUAUUAUCAUUACGGUCGAGUAUUGUUGUUAUUAUUGCCAGUCGAACACGCACUUAAAACGCGAUAAAGUCCAACAGUAACAAUUAUACUGUAAUAUAACGAUUGCGACCCGUUUAUCUGGAGAUACCAUCGCGGUGGUGGUUAUUCACGUGACAAACGGCGAAGUUCACCCAUACGCACGGAAAUUGAUAGACAAACAAACGCCGCUCGAGAACAACACGCGCGGGGACUAUCGAACGUCUCGAAAACGUUAUCGCGCACACGCUCGACGGCGACGCGUCCGAAACACUCACUCGCACGCCUUUGACGACUCCUCGAGUGACGGCGUAGGUGUGUGUACGCCGUGUCCCGAAUUCCGGUAGUGCUCGCGGUUUGUAGCAUU